CAACAAUCAAUAAUUAAUAAUUAUUAUGUUUGCUGCACAGGUUGAAUGUUUUGUAGUAAUGUAAAAGUAAGGUUAUUUUUUCUUGACUGCAAUUUUAAUACAACUAAUAAAUAAGACUAGUUUUUAGUUUCUGUAAAUAAAUACCAGUAAAAACGAAUCUGUAAAGUUUGGCUUCCCUUGAUUGUUAAUAAAAAUUAAAUCAAUAAUGUCUCUAAAAAAGUGGGGUUAUCUCGCCUCAUGUUAUGAUAAUUGAUAAACAACCAGUGGCUCAAAACGAGCACUGUAAACAAAAUAAAUAAAGAAAUCGUUCGUUUCAACGAAAACUUAUCAUUAAUCUGGGGCCCCCCUUGUUUACAACAAUCACUGUAUACGUGCAUAACGCAACGGCGCAGCAAAUAAUAGAUAUAAGAUAGCGGAAGAGGAAACUAUUUUUUCUAUUAAGUUAUCAGAAGCCACAAGUAGCUCAAUUCACAUCCGUUUUCCGGUGCCCCACAAUUACCGAUAAUGAGUACUGUCGCUGAAAGUGAUAAAACAGAAGAAACCUCCAACAGUGUGGACACCGAAACCAAAGAAGAGUGUCCUGAAAUGAAGCGCUUAAAACCCAAUUAUCUGAGCGAGUGUUUUCCUAUUACGUCUCUAGAUAACAUCUCGGAGGUGAUUGAAAACCCGCCGCGGUGGGUCCAGAGGGUGAUCCCGCUCCAGGAACGCAGCAGCACAGUCGUGCAAAACAUUAUCUCCGAUUGUCACUGCGACCUGAAGAAAUUUACACCCAAAACACGACUAGACAAGCGGUUCGUGCCUAAAACUCUGGUGUGUCAUGACUAUAAAGGGGGCUACUUGGAAGACAAAUAUCUCUCGAGCACGAAUAUAGGAAACCUGUACUCGUUUUACAACUGGGCGCAUAUUGACGUUUUUGUGUAUUUUAGUCACCAUUUGAUCACCAUACCGCCGCUGUGUUGGAUAAACGCAGCCCAUCGCAACGGGGUGAAAAUUUUAGGCACUUUGAUCACUGAGUUCCAACCUGGUACAAAAAUCUGCGAAAAAAUCUUUAAGGAUGAGGAUACGAUGAGGAUCUUCGCCACCUCUCUCACGAAAAUUUUGGAAAUAUUUAAGUUCGAUGGGUGGUUGCUUAACAUUGAGAACCCUCUUCCGGACACAGAAAUGUUGAAAAAGUUCGUGAGUUAUUUGAGUCUGAGCACGCGUAGCGAAAACCCCGACAAUCUAAUAAUUUGGUAUGACAGCAUUAUUGAAACCGGAGAACUUAAAUGGCAGAACGAACUAAACCCUCUGAACAAAUUCUUCUUUGAUAAUUGUGACGGGAUUUUCUUGAAUUACGUCUGGAAUGAAGAAAAUAUCCAAAAUACGAUUGAGUUUGCGAAACAUCGGACCCUGGAUGUGUAUGUGGGUGUGGAUGUGUUCGGUCGCAAUACGUUCGGUGGUGGUAAAUUCAAUACGUUUAAAGCAGCCCAGGUAAUCCGUAGGCACCACUUAUCCAUGGCGAUUUUUGCCCCUGGGUGGACCCACGAAACGUUACCCAUAAACGAAAAUCGACAGAAAUUUUUUGAGGAUUUUGUUAAUAGGGAUUGUGCGUUUUGGAAUAGCUUGUGGCCGUAUUUAUACACACAUCCGAUCACGCAUUUUUUUAAAACGAGCUUUUUCAUGGGGGUAACACAGGAUGUGUAUAAUAUGUUCUCUCAGCAUCAACAGUUGUCAAAAAUAAAGCAUCCGAGGACUCUAGAAUGGGUACCCGACUAUGAUAAAAUUCCAACCCUUCAUAAUAAGUGUAAUUGUUUGCAAUGUGCCUUUACAGACAAGGGGGUCAGAUGUUUGGUUACAAAGGAGUUUUUAAAUAGUUCGCUUUGUUACCUUCAUAGACUAUUCACCUGUGAUAUUUUGUUGUCAGGGACAAUCACUGUGUAUACUUUAACAAAAUUAGUACGUAAUCAACCCGCUUCGUUAAGUUUGAACUUAUUAACUUCAGAUAAAAAUGGUACUAUUAAGAAAAUUAAAUGCAAUAGUUCCGUUAAGGAAUACUUGAUUAAUAAUUCAACCCUUCUUGAGGUUAAUCCAUCGAUAAACCCAUCGUUAAUAAACCAUGUGGUCAGAAGUAACGAAGAAUUGUUUUUACACGAAAAUUUAAAUAUAUCUGUUUACCAGUUCAUUGUAACACCGUGUACACUUCUAGAAAUUGGGUGCACUCUGGAUGAAGGAAAAUCCAUUUACUUGUGCGGCUUGGGGGUCGAAGAUCGAAUUUUGUCGUUGUAAAUUUAUUCAGAAAAGUUUUAUGAUUAAAGUUUACAGUUUACAGUUAA